AUGUUCUCGCACCUCCAUUCAAACACGGCCGGCACCGUGCCCGCCAACAACGAGUCGCAUCCGCAUCUUCAGCUCCUCAACAAUGAGCUUCCCAAGACGAAGCUCUCCGGGUCCGUCCCCAUCUUCACCGCCGAAGUUCUGGAAGCGAUCCCCGAGGACGAAAGGCCGUCCCAAUUUGGUCUCCUCGCGCUGGACAUUGCGCCUGAGCCCUCACAUCUUCUCGAUCCAACUGCGAAAAUGAGAGCGCGCAUCUUCUACAACGUUGCGGAUCCAACGAGCACUUUCAUCUGCGGAAGUCAAGGCUCCGGCAAGAGCCACACCCUCAGCACCAUUCUCGAAAACUGUCUACUCCCGUGUCCCGCCAACCAGCUCCCUCGACCUCUGUGUGGGCUGGUUUUUCACUACGAUACUUUCAUCUCCGACACUGGAGGUAUGCCGUGCGAGGCCGCUUACCUCUCGAGUCACGCGGGUGUGAAUGUGCGAGUACUCUGUGCGCCUUCCAACUAUUGGAACAUAAAGCGAAUCUACAGUGGUCUGCCGAAUGUCGCCGUCCAGAUGCUCCGAAUCAAUCAGUCGGACCUCAACACCCAGCGUAUGCUUGAUUUGAUGGCUGUGAGCUCUGUCAAAGGAGGCGGCCUCCCUCUGUAUCUUCACGUUGUCAGCCGCAUUUUACGCGACAUGCGCAUCAAGCAACAAGCGAGUGGCUCCGCAUUUGACUACGCAACUUUCAAGGCCCUGGUCAACCGCGAGGAUCUGAAAGAGGGUCAGAUGGUACCGCUACAGCAACGACUGGAAACUCUUGAGAGCUUCAUGGUCCCGGGGCAAACCGCUGCCUCGAAGUUCAGAACCGCGGGCCAAGGAAUUAGUUGGGCUCUCAAGGCCGGCCAGCUCACCAUUGUUGACCUUUCAUGCCCCUGUGUCACUGCUGAAGCAGCCUGCUCCCUCUUCAACAUCUGUCUGAGUCUCUUCUUGGAACAGAAGAGCACUGUCGGCCGUAUCGUUGCUCUCGAUGAGGCGCACAAAUACAUGACGGAGAGUUGCGACAGUCAAACCUUGACGGAAUCUCUCCUCUCAGUCAUCCGUCUUCAGCGCCACCUUGGAACGAGAGUCAUUCUCUCCACGCAAGAGCCGACAAUCUCACCCAAGCUCCUCGACCUGUGUUCCACUGUUAUUGUGCACCGCUUCACGUCGCCCGCUUGGUUCAAUGUCUUGCAGAAGCAUCUAGCUGGUGUGGAUUCACAUGCAUUUGAUCUCAUGGCGCACAUCGUUGAAUUGAAGACUGGCGAGGCACUCUUGUUCUGUCCCAGCGCUUUGGCCAGUGUAUCUGAGAGACAUGUUUCGGGGCAGGUCAUCUUUCGCCGACUUGCCAACAGUCGUCUGAAAGUUCGUGUCAGGCAGAGAGUCACGGCGGAUGGAGGCAAGAGUAUUAUGGCGAACUGA